CCUGACACGGUACCCCAAGGAUCAGUCGACAUGUGCAAAGUUCUCGAAGUUACGGGCGCCGAGCAAGUCACCGGCCAUCCCCACUCUCUCGCCCUCACGAGUCCCGAUCGGGUGACCUUCGUGAAGGCGGCGAGUCGCGAGGACGCACGCUGGUGGGUCGAGUUGCUGGCGGUCUUCCCGCGCCGCCACAAGCGCAACGCCACCUUUCCGGGCGGCCGGGCCUCCCCAAGCCUCCCCAAGUUAGGGAGGAGUGCGUCGCCGCAGCCACCACGUCCGCGCCAUCUGUCGGUGACGGGACCGAGCCCGCGCGCGAAUUUCGAAACGCCGCCGCUGAAGGAAAGAGAGUCGCCGCCCAAGGAGCCGGAUAGGAAACCGGCGUGGACGCCUGCUAGGACUAUGCCUAUCGAGACGCCGACUAGGACGAUGCCUAUCGAGACGGCCCCGUCCAGUUAUUCGAGACCUGAUUGCAUAGUGAGCUCCGGUUCGCCACCGACCCGAGACAAAUUGCGAUGCGAAGAUAAGGCCAGAACGAGACGUGACUGGAGGAACGAGAGAUUGCGGGACAUCGCGACCGCCCUCACCGAUAGGUCGCCCGAAUCGAGCUUGGCCUUACCUGCUGAAGGGCUGCUGCACAUGAAGAAGGGAUGGCUGUUUAUGAAAACGUCCGAUUCCGAUUGGGUGCGACGAUGGAUUGUCCUCAACUGGCCGACGCUUCAAGUUUACCCGAACCAAGACGAACAAGGUACUCCCGAAUACACCGUCGAACUUUCUACUGUUAUCAAUUGCGUAGAGGUCCCGACGGAAACGAAAUACGGAUUCGAAAUUCAAUGGGGUGGUCCAACCUUAACGCUGAGUGCUGUUACGCAGGGGAUCAGGACGAAUUGGUUGCAAGCUUUGAAAAAGGCGACUCAAGUUAGUCCAGCUGCUACCGAUAGCCCUAUUUCUCCUUCUACUCCUCGUUCUCUUUUGGCUUCCAGUGACGAGGAGUAUAGAACAGCGUCUGAAGGAGGCCGAAGAGGAUCAGAAGAUUGGAGCGAGUUGCCGCCUUCGCCACCUCUUACGAAAUUAUCGCUAUCGAAAGUUAAAGAGAGAGCAAGAUUGAGACCGCGACUGCCAAGGAAUCAAUCUAGACAGUCCACUCUCGACAGUACGUCCACAGAUGAAUUAGAUUGUGCCAAAGACCCUGACAAUGUACAGAUUCAUAUGUUGCUGAACAACAAGCAAGAAGAAGAAAUCAACGACCUUCAGAAAAAACUUUAUAAGGCUGAAGACGAUGUGCGGUUUUUGGAAGAGGAAAUUGCCAGGUUGAAAAAAUUUCAAUCUGAUGCAACGAUCAGAGAGCAACGAGCCAAGGAGAUGUUAUUGAAUUUUGAAAAAACCGAAAAAGAAUUAAACCAAAGAAACUCACAAAUCGAAAUAAAUUUCUUGAAAGAACAAAGAGCGUUACAAAGAAGACUGUCUGAAUUCGAAGAAUCUUCUCGAAUAUACGAAGAGAAAUGUAACAUUUUAUCCAAAGACCUUCAUACUAAACAGCGCAUGCUGAUGAACUUACAAGAAGAAUUAGAUGGCUCCAAUGACAGGCUGCAGAAAGAAAGAAAUGAAAAUGACAAACUUUUCAAGAAAAUUCAAGAGUUGGAAGGAAAAUUUUGCUUCAAAAAUAAAAUGUUCAAUGCUGAUUCGGUAUCCGAAUUGAUCAACAUUGACUUGGAUUUGGAUAUUGACGAAAUGGAUCAAAAUGAACUCAAGGAAUACUGUCUGGACCUCAAAUCUCGCUUCGAGAGAGCGAUAGUCGAGAUCAGAGCAGUGAGACGGGCAUUAAGAGAAUCCGAACAGAACUGUGAUAUUUUCGAGUUAGCUAAUCAUAACUUGAUCAAUACCAUAAGUAUAUUGAAAAAAGAGAGCGAGAGCGAGAUUAAGUUACUAGUACAAAGAUUGGACCACCUCACUGCGAAGUUGACUGCUACUGAGAAACAACUCAAAACCAAAGCCAAGACCGAAUCAAAAGAUAAAAGGAGAUCCUUGUCGCUCAAAGGUCGUGAGAGUGUCUCCAUAAAUAAAGAAGUCGAGGAUAAAGUCACAGAAUUGGAAGCCAAAAUAAUAGCUCUUGAAAGAGGCAAAAAUAAGCGACGGUAUAAAAGGGAUCGAAGCAGUGAAAGGGGUUCUCCAAUCGAUGACAAAUCUCUCAGACGUUUGAGGCGUAAAAGUUUAGACAGCGCCACUACCUCAGAACCAAUGAAGCUGUUGAUGCGAUUGAGUUCUUUGGAAUCGAAAGUCACCAACGUAAAUGGAUCCAAUGAAUCUUUGAAUACUUUACACGGAAGCUUAUCGGAUUUAACCAAAUUGAAGGAAGAUUGUCCAUCUGAAAGUAGAAAUAACGUUGAUGUCGAAUAUUUAUUGUCUACUGCUAAAAUUAAAGUCAAUGAAUGUUUGCAAAGUGUCGGAAUACUGAAAACUAAUAACAGAAAGAGAGCGUCAUCGCCUAGUCUAGAUAGACUUAUUUCGCUCGAGAAUUCGUUGAAUGAACUCCUGGAUAUUCUGGAUAGGAGAGACUGUUCAGUCCCCGCCGCCGAAAUAGAAGUCAUCAACAGUUCGGCAGGUGCAGUGGUUAAACAGUUGCAGAUGCUGUUGCUGGAAAAACUCACGAGUUUAGCGGAGAAGAAAAGACUGUUACGAGAAAACAAAACGUGGGAUAGCUCCGCUCGUUUGCAGAUGCUGGCGGAAAAAGUAGCCUACGAGAAUAUUUUAGUCAGCCGGAUCCAGGAAGCUUUACUGUCUCCUGUAACUGGAGAAGCCGUGUGCGAAAGGUUAAUCGGUAAAGAACUGAGAGAGACUGCUUACCUGAUAAUAGCGUUACAAAACAAAAUCAACGGAGCGAACGAAAAACCUCUCCCGUGUCGGACGAGCGCGGAGUAUUUGUCUAAAAUAUUGGCGAAAUGUCUUCUGUCGGCUUCCCAGGGAUUCAGGUCAUGCAAGAACUUCGUAACCGCGAAAGGGCCUUCAUUGAAAGUGCUCUGCGAAGAAAAACAAAGUUUAGAUAAUCUACUGGUCAAUUACAAAACGGCAAAGUUACCACAACUAGCGGAAACUCUGGCUUCAGAGGCGCUGAACCUAGCUUCCGAUAAUACGUGCAGAUUGGGUUCGUUGACCGACGAGACUGUCAAUGAAUUCAGUAAAACUGCCAGAGAGUUCGUCAACGCCGAGCUAAUCCGUUCAGAAAUCAAUCACGUUUUACUGAGGGCCGCUCAAGUCUUCCAUACCAACGUUAAUGCUGAUCACGCAUUUUUCUUCAGCUUUUUUGCUUCGGAACGAGCCGCCCUGGAACUGUGGUCAGAUUCCGUGGGAGACUGCCUAUAUAAAGAUGUCAACGCCAGCAUCACCGAACUAACAGAGCUUUACCAAAACUGCCUGAACAAACUGCUCAAAGAAAACUGGACGUGUCGGUUGGAAUUGGAUAGGAAUAAUCGUUCGCCAACUAGCUUGUUGCACGAAUACGCAGAGAUCGUGGCACACAAAGCUCUGAUCGACGCGAGGAUCGCCGUUCUGAGCGGUCAAUACGUAACCCCUGAUGAGUACAAUGAAGAUAAAAGUAGUUUUAGUAGCUGGUUAGAAAACGAGAAGUACUGGUCCCUCAUUGAGGAUCAGUCUCUGAUACAAAUAAACCAAAGUUUAGAAGCAGAGUUCAGUUGUAUGGUCGACAAGUUUGGUCAGCAAUGUUUCGCUUUGCUCGGUCAGCCAGAACUGGAAGAGGUCUUGGGGUAUUUGAACGAGUUGGCGUCCAAAGUGCUGGAGGUGCAGAAGUAUUUCGCGGUGCCCGUCGCAGACUCGGAUGUCGCUCUCAGGAGUUGGAGUGACGUUUGCCAGACUUGUAUCAAGCUGAGGAAUGACUUGGACGAGAUCCGAGUCACUUUGGAAAAGUCAAACUCACUCAACAGGUAUCACUCUUCCGAAGAGAACCGACCAGUUUACUUGGGAACGGAAUACCUGUCUCAGGUGGAAAACUUGAGGGCGGCGUACCGACGAGCCCUAGCUUCGUGCAAAGAACAUCACAACGAAGCCGACAUCGAGCAGUUGCAACAAUUGUGCGAAAGAGUCCUCCAAUCGAUGGAACAGUGGCACCGAAGGACCAUUCAAGAUUUGCGAGAAGAACACAACCAAGAAGUCGAGAUGCUCAAGCAGGACAAAGAACAAGCCUUGGCGGAGGAAACGCAAGCCACUCUGGCUGCUUUGGACGUGAUGAAGAAGGCUCACGAAGCGGAGGUACAGCGAGAAGUUGCCAAGUUCAAACAGGAGUUUAUAAGGCAAAAAAGGGACGACAUCUUUGAUUUGUCUGAAAAACUUUCCGUCAAGUCUCUGGAAGCUUCCGCUCUUGAAGGUCAACUUGCUAGCGCCACGAGGCAGUUGGCACAUGCCCAACAGCAUAUAUUGAAGCUGGAACGUAACCCCAAGAUCUCGUCAAUGCAGAACUGACGGAAUGUGUCUGUUAGAAGAAAAUAUACUAGUCUUAACAAGCCUCAUGUACCAGUGUAAAUUAGUACAAUAUCACCGUUGUGUACAGAAAAUAGCACCUCUUUACUCAAGUUUAAUGAUUGUUUUACCCCUUGAAUGUUUUUAUUUAUUUUACCUCAACUCUCACAGCAUCCCAUAUUUGUACAAAUAAUAAUAGUUUUUUUUGUAACAGUUAACAGUUUAUUGUUUAUAUGUGUUGGGUUUUUUGGAAUGUUUAUAUGAACAAAAUAUAUAAAUUAUUAAUU